AUGGAGUCUUACUGUCAAGCCAUGAGGCUUCAGCGUACGAGUCCCUUUGGUCUGAAGAAUGAAGUUGUUUCUGAGAGAGCAAGUGCGUUCUGGGGAGCCCAAGUCGUCAAGGCCAAUUAUCUGAGGACACAGAAAAUCAGGAGUUGCCCUCGAAAGAUUCAGACAAAGCUCAUUCGCUCUGUUCUCUCCCCAUUCGUUGAUCAAGAGUCUCAUGAACCUCUACUGAGAACUCCAUUAGCAGACCCAAAGAAUGUAGCGUCUAUCAUACUUGGUGGCGGUGCUGGGACUCGCCUGUUCCCUCUUACAAGCAACAGAGCUAAACCUGCGGUGCCAAUUGGAGGGUGUUACAGGCUCAUAGAUAUACCGAUGAGCAAUUGCAUCAACAGUGGUAUUAGAAAGAUCUUCAUCUUGACUCAGUUCAACUCCUUCUCUCUCAAUCGCCACCUUUCUCGCACUUACAACUUUGGCAAUGGAGUUAAUUUCGGUGAUGGGUUUGUUGAGGUUCUUGCUGCAACGCAAACUUCAGGAGAUGCAGGAAAGAAGUGGUUUCAGGGAACUGCUGAUGCCGUUAGGCAAUUUAUAUGGGUCUUCGAGGAUGCCAAGACAAAGAAUGUGGAACAUGUCUUGAUCUUGUCUGGUGAUCAUCUAUAUCGGAUGGAUUACAUGAACUUCGUGCAGAAGCACAUUGAGUCAAAUGCUGAUAUCACAGUUUCUUGUCUUCCCAUGGAUGAGAGCCGUGCUUCGGAUUUUGGGCUGCUUAAAAUCGACGAGUCUGGACAAAUCGUUCAGUUCUCGGAGAAACCAAAGGGAGAUGACUUAAAGGCAAUGAAAGUUGACACUUCAAUUCUUGGGCUACCACCAAAAGAAGCUGCCGAAUCCCCAUACAUUGCAUCAAUGGGUGUUUAUGUGUUUAGAAAAGAGGUUUUACUAAAGCUUCUAAGAUCGAGUUAUCCUACAUCCAAUGACUUUGGUUCUGAAAUCAUCCCCUUGGCCGUAAAGGAGCACAAUGUCCAGGCAUUUUUGUUCAAUGACUAUUGGGAGGAUAUUGGAACCAUAGGAUCAUUCUUUGAUGCCAAUUUAGCCCUCACUGAACAGAUACUUGAUUCUAUAGUUUCACAUGGAUGUUUCUUGAGAGAAUGCAGUGUGAAGCACUCUAUUGUGGGGAUACGAUCACGUGUAGAGUCAGGAGUUGAGCUUCGGGAUACGAUGAUGAUGGGAGCAGAUUUCUACCAAACAGAAGCUGAGAUCGCGUCUCUAUUGGCUGAAGGGAAAGUUCCGAUUGGUGUAGGCGAGAACACAAAAAUCAGGAACUGUAUCAUCGACAAGAACGCUAAGAUCGGGAAGAACGUGAUCAUAGCGAAUGCAGAUGGCGUGGAAGAAGGAGAUAGGGCAGAGGAAGGGUUUUACAUAAGAUCAGGCAUUACCGUGGUGGUCAAGAACGCAACCAUUAGAGAUGGUCUGGUUGUUUAG